UGCCGUCGCCGCCGUCGCGGGGUUCGGGCUCCGGGCGAGAGCGGGCGCGCGCGUCGGCCAUGUCGGGGACGGGGUGUCUGCCCCCCGGGGAGCUGGAUGCGGUGGCGAGGGUGUGCCGCGACGGGGCGGCGGCGGCGAGGCUCAAGACGGGGUCCCUGCUCGCCAUCCUCGUGGCCAGCGCCGUCGGCAUCUGCCUCCCCGUGGCGCUGACGCGGGCGUUCCGGGGGAAGGAGGGCUACGCGCGGGGGCUCCUCCUCGUCAAGUGCUACGCGGCCGGGGUCAUCCUGUCGACGUCGCUCGUCCACGUGCUCCCCGACGCGCAGGCCGCGCUCGCCGACUGCGCCGUCGCCACGCGCCACCCGUGGCGGGACUUCCCCUUCUCGGGGCUCUUCUCCCUCGUCGGGGCGCUGCUGGCGCUGCUCGUCGACGUCACCGCCUCCUCCCACCUCGAGGCCCACGGCCACGUCGGCGGCGGUCACCAGCACGACGACGAGGAGCCCCACCAACCCUACGUCCCGAUCCCCACCAAGAAAACUCCAGUCUUCGAGCUCUCCGGCGAGAUGAGCCCCAAGAAGCGGGUUCACCUAGAGGACCGCGACGACCCGGCGCCGUACACCACCGCCGCCCGGAACGGCGGCGACGCUGACCGUGAUGACGUGGCGCUAUUCGGGGCCAAGAACUUGGCCCGCAGCGAUGAGGCUGCCGUCGUCGUCCCCGGUGUCGAUUGCCAUGGACAUGGAGUUGGGCAUGACGUGGUGGAGGUUGGGGAGGGAGAAGGGGAAGAGGAGGCAGCGAGGAGGAAGCAGAAGAUGGUGUCCAAGGUGCUGGAGAUUGGGAUCGUGUUCCACUCCGUCAUCAUUGGGGUGACCAUGGGGAUGUCGCAGGAUGUGUGCUCGAUCCGGCCGCUCGUCGUCGCGCUCUCCUUCCACCAGGUGUUCGAAGGGAUGGGCCUCGGCGGCUGCAUUGCGCAGGCUGGUUUUGGGAUUACAACUGUGGGUUACAUGUGCGUGAUGUUCUCAGUGACAACACCAUUGGGAAUACUUCUUGGAAUGGCAAUCUUCCAUAUGACUGGCUAUGAUGAUAGCAGUCCAAAUGCCCUAAUAAUAGAAGGGCUUCUUGGCUCACUUUCUGCUGGAAUCCUUGUCUACAUGGCACUUGUUGAUCUCAUUUCCCUCGAUUUCUUUCAUAAUAAGAUGAUGUCAUCCUCUCUAAAACUGAAGAAGAUCUCUUAUAUCACAUUAGUGCUUGGAUCUGCUUCCAUGUCUUUAUUAGCUCUCUGGGCAUAGGUCGUUAGUGCAAUCAGAGUGCAAUAUAGUGUACCGAUCCUUUGUAGGAAGAAAUGGAUGUUUUUGGGAGUCAGUACUUCCCUCAUGUAAAUUGAAAAUUCCACAUAAUGGGAAACUGAAAAAUUCU